AUAACUACAUACAUACAUACAUAGCUGUCCAAUUCCCAUCGAAAGCCCAAUCACUAUCCCAAUUUCUGUCACAUUCGUAAUGCUAAUUGCCUGCACAAAUGUUUGCGCCACUGAAAUUUCCACUCGUCAUUCAACGGCAAUGAUGAUGGCUCACUUAGAGUGGUUCCAGAUAUCGGCUUAGUUGUGCCCGGAGUGCAUUUAGUCUUGGUAAGCCCUUCCAUGUACGAUGUGCGGAAUGGGUGUGCUUGUGCUCCUUACGGGUCUGUUCUUGAUCGCCCUGCCAGCCUUUGGCCUAACCAUCACCACCACCCGUAAUGUCACCGAGUUCCUGGGACACCGACAGAAACGCUGGCUGAUCUAUCAGAACAGCGGAUCGAUGAAGUUCAGCAUCGGGCCAUCGUUGCCAAUACCCUUGGAGGAUCAUGUCACAUUUCGCUCCUGUGUACUGUCCUUCACGCUCCAGGGAGGCACCUAUUCGCUGCCCACCUCACCCAUCUGGCCCUGGGACAAGUGGGAGGGCACUUUCGCCCGUUCCCUGACACAGAUGAGGCGGAACAUCGAGAGGCACGCCGCCAGUGGAGACAUCCGGUAUGCAGACGAUGCCAGACUGCUGGUCUACACCGCUCUGGAGGAGUACAUGGGCAGGAGGAAUGAUAACAUGGCCGUGGGCAGGCAAUGCCUGCUUCGCUCCAUAUGCGAAAAUGCCCAAAUCCACCACCACAUUGGGGUGUUCUCCGAAAUCUUGAACAUUGUCCUGAGUCCAGGCAAGGCGGAUCUGGAUAAAUCCUACCAUGAUGCCUAUGCCGCUGGCAAGGCAGGCGCCGAUUGCCUCGGCCUCUACAGGACCUGCCCACGCGGGGACAAUUUCCUGGACGAACUACUGAUUGUGGAGCAUGAUUGAUUUACUGCUGAUGCUUCUGGUGAUCGUAGCCGAUGGAACCACAAUAAAGUUUUCGACUAAAUCAAAGUGCAUAUCUAAUGGGUCUCGUCCUGUGUCGGAUUGGGAUGGAUGUGCUUGUUGCAUAAUUUGGGGCGGAAAUGCACGGAUGCAUGUCUUCAGGGCAGGAAACUGUGUUGUCAGAGGAUGGUUCAAGGAUGAGAAUGUGUGUGUAUCCGUGUGGGUGUGUGUAUCCAUGCGUGUACGAUGUCAGUUUAUGCGUCAUCUGUGGGUUGACAGGUAUUGCAGCCC